GAAACACACAGAAAAAGAAAAAGAAAAAACCUUAAAAAACCUGUUUCUGUGUAAUAAUGUUGAAAGAUGUUGUUGUUGGGUAUAGAUUUUCUCCGACGGGAGAAGAAUUGAUAAACCAUUACCUGAAGAACAAGAUUCUUGGUAAGACUUGGCUUGUUGAUGAAGCUAUUAGCGAGAUCAACUUCUUGAGCUACAUACCCGAGCUCUUGCCUAGGUUAGCGAAGAUCCAGUCGGACAAUCUUGAAUGGUACUUCUUCUCUCGGAUUGAGUACACGAACCCUAAGAAGAAGAAUGCGAUGAAGAGGAGUACAGGUUGUGGGUAUUGGAAACCUACUGGUAAGGAUCGAAAAAUCAAAGAUAAGAGAGGAAAUGGUGUUGAGAUUGGUCUUAAGAAGACGCUUGUGUACCAUAAAGGUAAAGUUCCUAAUGGUGAUCGUACUCCUUGGGUUAUACACGAGUAUCACAUCACUUGUUUGCCUCAAGAUCAGAGGAACUAUGUUAUUUGCCAAGUGAAGUAUAAGGGUGAAGACAUCCCAUUUGGUGGUACCUAUUCCAGUGAGCCAAGUCAAUCUAUGGUCUCUGAUUCGAAUUCUAUCAGAGAGGCAAUUAACUCAGCGCCCAAGUUUGAGCAGCCAGGUCAAGAAAAUAUCUUUGGUAUGUCUAUGGAUGAUUUGAAAAGCCCAACGAAUGAACAAGAAGAUCUCUCUUUGUGGGAUGUAUUGCAUCCAGACAUGUUAUUCAGUGACAACAACAAUCCUACUUUGCUGCCACAUUUAGCACCAAAUGAUGAUGAGUUUCUCGGUGGAUUGAGACAUAUUGACCGAGAUCAGGUUGAGUAUUUGUUUGCCAAUGAAGAAUUCAUAUCCACACCAACUUCAUAUAUGCAAGAGAACCGCAGUGAUCACAGGCCAAAGAAACCUUUAUCAGGGAUCAUUCUUGACUAUAGCUGUGACACUGACAGUGAUGCUGAAUCGAUAUCUGCAACGAGUUACCAAGGAACAUCAAGUCCAGGUGGUGAUAGAGUUGGUAGCUCCAAUAGUCACUCUCAAACAGGCUUCGAUGACAUGAUAUCGUUGAGCAAAGCUCUGCAAACUUCUCAUGAACCUUCCAUCAGUAGAAAGACCCGAGAAUCUCAACUAAAACAAGAGAUAAAACAAGAUACGUCAAGAGCCUCUGGUGCGUUCAUAGACAAGAAGUCGUAUAUGGUAAAGACAGAGAAGAAGGGCUGGUUUAUUACAGAGGAAGCAAUGGAGAGAAACCGGAAUAUUCCACGGUAUGUCUAUCUCGUGAGGAUGAUCAUAGGUUUCAUUAUCUUGCUGGCUCUCAUUGGCAACAUCAUAUCGGUACUAACACUCAAAUCAGAUUGAUGGAAAGAACUCGUUUGAAUAUUUAAUUAUGUUUUCUUCUGAAAAUUUGAUAUAUAAAUGUGUGUGUGUAUAUAUGAACAAGAGGUAUGUCUUGUGCCUAUAGUUUGAUGAAAUUUAGCGUAUGAAAGUUAUAACAUUCACUGAUUGACAGAGACCAGUAGAUUGAGAUUGGGUUUGAAAAGGUUUCUGAGAAAUAAGAGAAAGACCAUCACAUGCUA